AUGACCGAACUGAAAUCGACUAUCUCUGAAGAAAAUACGUUGGCUUCUAAGGGAUAUAAACUAAUAAAAUUUUUAGGAGAGGGUGCUUAUGCUAAGGUUUAUUUAACUGAAUACUCAAGAGAAGAAAAUAAAAAAUGUACACUCGCUUGUAAAGUGAUUGAAACUGCUAAAGCUCCAAAAGAUUUUGUCGUCAAGUUUUUGCCUCGAGAAAUAGAUGUUCUCAUAAGACUAAAUCACCCCCAUCUAAUUCACGUGCACAGCAUUUUUCAAAGGAAAACAAAAUAUUAUAUUUUCAUGAGAUAUACAGAAAAUGGAGAUCUUUUAGGAUACGUUUUAAAAAACGGAUGCGUCUCAGAGAACCAGUCACGAGUCUGGUUGCGUCAGUUAGCUGUAGGUUUACAAUACCUUCACGAAUUGGAGAUUGCUCACAGAGACAUCAAAUCCGAGAAUGUCCUUUUAACAGCUAAUUUUAACGUUAAGCUUUCGGAUUUUGGUUUUUCAAGAUUUUGUACUGACGACGACGAUCAACCGAUUUUAAGCGAAACCUAUUGUGGAUCGAUGUCAUAUGCAGCGCCGGAGAUAUUACGGGGCAAACCAUAUUUACCAAAACCAACAGAUUUGUGGUCAUUGGGAGUAGUUCUGUUUGUUAUGUUGAAUAAGUCGAUGCCAUUUGAUGAUACUCGCAUGAAAAAGUUGUAUGAGCAGCAGAUGGGCAAAAAGUAUAGGUUUAGAUCGCGUGUGGCGAGUGUUCUAUCUUUGGAAUGUAAAUCAGUUGUUAAACAUCUUCUGGAACCCGAUCCUGGACUCCGCUACACUUCGAAUCAAGUAAUUAAGUCUGAAUGGAUUGCUAUGGACAGUAGACUUACUACGUUAAAUGCUAUCGAAGAAGCUGCUUUAAACCGAGCUAAAGAAGAACGUAGAAGAUUGACAGAGUCACAUAAAAAUCUAGCAAAACGACAGAGUGAUAUUUGGGAGCGGACUCACAGAGAUUCUUCGUACAGAGCUAGUGAAAUGAUAAAGUCCUUGGCCAGUAUCACAGCAAAGCAAAAACGAGAAUAA